GGGAGGAUUGGGGGAUAGAAGGCAAGUGUAAAAGAGAGAGAGACAGACAGAGGGAGACAGAGACGGAGAGAGAAAGCCCACGGAUGGAACGACAGGAUAUAUAACCGUUUGUCCGGGUCUUGUGCAGGCACCUUAUUCCUGUCCUCUGCUGGGGCUUUGUCAUUGAUGGGAAACCACCUGGACCGGAUAGCCCACCUCAGCUACAGCGAGCUGCCCACCGGAGACCCGUCUGGACUGGAGAAAGAGGAGCUUAGGGUUGGAGUAGCAUACUUCUUCUCUGACGAAGAGGAGGAGGUGGAUGAUGGCGGAGGAGGCUACACCAAGGACCCGGAGGGCCCCGGGGCGGUCAGCGAGCUGGAGUACUCUGCAUUCUGCUCACAGGAAUGCAUCUUCUCCAAGCUCCGCGAAAACCAGGACUUGAACGUGUACUCCGCCAAAACUUUGCUCUCCAUGUGCAAGCCAGGGGACCUUGUGGAGCUAGUAUCCACAUCACAGGCACCUCACUGGGCUGUGUACGAGCUCAACGACCAGGUGAUACACCUGCAUGAGGGGGAGAUACGGAAGGACAGCCUGACUGAGAUAGGACGGGGCCGGCGUGGACGGAUAGUGAACAGCCGCUACCGCUUCCGACCGCUGCCCUCCGACCUGGUGCUGCAGAAUGCCGCCGGCCACCUGGGCCUACACAGCGGGGACAUCUGCUGGACCAGCUCUGAGAACUUCGCCGCCUGGUGUCGUUUCGGGAAGCGGGAGUUCAAGGCAGGAGGCGAGGCACAUUCGGCAGAGCAACAGUACUUUCUCAAAGUGCACCUCGGUGACGGGACUCGGAAUGGACACGCCCACACGCUGGCGUUCCGUAGCCUGGAGGAUAUGAUCCGGGAGAGGAGGAAGGUUGACGCCAGCGGGAUUCUGAAGGAGCUGUCUUUAGGGGUCAGCGGCGGGAAGGAGUGAUUAAUAUGAUGGCCUAUACUCUCUUCUUUCCUUUCAGAGAGAGAUGGAGCUGUUUGCAGGCUGGCUGCGUCUCUAACACUGGUGACACUGUAGGAGAGAGAUUGUGAUCAUAUUGCAGCAAAGUAGAAAAUAGCCCACAAGGACGAGACAGACAAACGUUCAUGUAAACAUUGACAACUGCUCUUGUUUGUUUGAGGUUUCUUUCUGCUGCAACAUGUCACCCUGUACCUUUUUAACAUAGCGCACGACUCCACUCGCUUGAUUUUUUUCCUCUUCCCGCUGCGUUCUUUCUCUGCAUAAGGGCACCUGCUGCUGCUGUUGCUGCUGCUGUUGGUGCUGCUGCUGGUGCUGGUUCUAGUGCUGCUGGUUCUAGUGCUGCUGGUUUUUGCUGCAGCAGACUAUUGCAAGGAGAGAAAGAGAGACAGACAGAGAUCUGUUGGAUCCCCGGCGUUCUAUUUUUUUACUCCUUCACAUUAAAAACCUGGGACUGAACGAACAGUCAACCUUAAACCACCUAUUCAUGUUGUAGCCUACCAGAGGGACGGACCGAUGGACAGGCAGACACCAUUUUGUUCUGUUUUCUGCCCCCUGGUGUUUGUUUGGAAAGCUACGUUCAUGCAUUGAUUGGUUUGCAUUUGAGUCCCAUAUUUUUGUAUUUGAGUUGGUGACUUCUUUCUCCCUGAUUGGUGGAUUUUUCUUUUCUAAUAAACAGAGGUUGCAAC